ACUGGAAGCGAGUAUGCAUAACCAAACUGAAGCACGCUGAAGUCAAUAAAAAUGGCUGCGAAUAUCAAAGGUGUUUUUCGUGAGGAUUUGCAAAAUGCUAUUUUGCAAAGUAAAAUACUUGUUGUGGGUGCCGGUGGUAUCGGUUGUGAGAUCCUUAAGAAUUUAGUUAUGACUGGAUUUAAAGAUAUCGAGAUUAUUGAUCUUGACACUAUAGAUGUGAGUAAUCUCAACAGACAAUUUCUUUUUCAAAAACAGCAUGUUGGUAAAUCAAAAUCUGCUGUAGCACGUGAAACGGCUUUAAAAUUUAAUCCUGAUGUUAACAUCAUUUCUUAUCAUGAUAGUAUUAUGUCAUCAGAUUAUGGACUCAACUUUUUCAAGAAAUUCACUUUGGUAAUGAAUGCAUUAGAUAAUCGUGCUGCUAGAAAUCAUGUCAAUAGAAUGUGUUUGGCAGCUGAUGUUCCUUUAAUUGAGUCAGGAACUGCUGGUUAUGAUGGUCAAGUUGAAUUAAUCAAGAAAGGUCUAAGCCAAUGUUAUGAAUGUUUGCCGAAACCGCCACAAAAAACUUUUCCAGGUUGUACAAUUCGCAACACUCCCAGUGAACCUAUUCACUGUAUUGUAUGGUCUAAACAUUUGUUCAAUCAACUAUUUGGAGAAGAAGAUCCUGAUCAAGAUGUAUCACCAGAUACAGCUGAUCCUGAGGCUGCUGGUGACAAAGCUGGUCAAGCUGCUUUAGACUCAGAAUCAAAUGAUAAAGGCAACGUUGAACGAGUAUCAACUAGACUUUGGGCUCAUGCAUGUGGAUACAAUCCUGAAAAGCUUUUUGCAAAAUUAUUUCAUGAUGAUAUCAAGUAUCUACUAAGUAUGGAUAAUUUAUGGAAAAAGAGAACACCGCCUACACCAUUAGAGUGGAAAAGUCUUCCAGAUGAAGUAGCAGGAUGUAGCAAAGAAAGUACAAAUGAUGAAGGAUUAAAAGAUCAACAAAGAUGGAGUAUUGCAAAGUGCGCAAAUAUUUUUGCAAACGCUCUAAAUAAUUUAAAAAAUAAAUUAGAAAAACUACGUGAAAAAUCAUCUAAUGAUCAUUUAGUAUGGGAUAAAGAUGAUCAAGAUGCCAUGGACUUUGUAGCUGCUUGUUCAAAUAUUCGAGCACACAUUUUUGGUAUUCCACAGAAAUCAAGAUUUGAUAUUAAGUCAAUGGCUGGAAAUAUUAUUCCAGCAAUUGCGACAACAAAUGCAAUUAUAGCAGGUGUUGUUAUUCUUCAUGCAUUCCAUAUUUUACGUGAUAAUUUAAAAUCUUGCAAAUCAGUCUAUUUAAGACCACGACCUAAUCAUAAAAAUCAACUAUUAGUACCAGAAAGGGAUUUAAAUCCGCCUAAUCCAAAGUGCUAUGUCUGUGCUCCAACACCAACAGCAGUUCUCGCUGCUGAUACCAGUAAAAUGACAAUAGAUGAGCUCAAUGAAGUUGUUUUAAAACAAAGAUUAAAUAUGAUUGCGCCUGAUGUAAUGAUUGAUGGCUUAGGAAGGAUUUUAAUUAGUAGUGAAGAAGGAGAAACAGAAGAAAAUAAUGAUAAGACUUUAGAAGAAUUGGGAGUUAAAAAUGGAGCUAUACUUAAGGUUGAUGAUUUCCAACAAAAUUACUCGUUGACUGUAAAUGUAAUACAUCGUGACAAACCUUCAGUUCGUGGCGAAAGUCCUGAUUUCUUAGUGGUAGCAGAUGAACAAGAUUUGAAGCCGAAAGAGGAAGAGAAAAAGAAUGACAUUGAUAAACCUUCAACUUCCAAUGGACAAGUUACCGAAGUAGAUGACGAUGACCUUGACGUGAUAUUGGUUGACGAUAUUGUAGAAGUAGCAAUGAAUCAACACGAUGAAGAUGAGAUAGCAGCCAAGAAACGAAAAACUGGUUCACCUAGCAACGAGAUUCCUUCUCCGAAAAAACGAAAAACAUCUGACGAUGAUAUUUGCAUCAUUGAAGAUAAUAAUCAAGGUACACUAACUAAAAAAUCUCCACUCAAAAGAGUUCGCAAACCUACAGAUGAUGAAUGUCAGAUUAUUUGUGAUCAAACUGCAUCUCCUGCAAAAAAAUGAAUCAAGCGGACAAUUAGUUAAAUACUUUUAUAAUAAACUCAUAUUAUAAUCAUUUCCAAAAUAAUUACGAAACAAUAAAAAAAAAUAUUCUUAAUUAAGAAAAACAAUAACAUUAUUUAUAUCUGUAAUUCAGGUAAAAUUUUCCGACAUUUGU